GGUCUGUGGGUGUCGGACAGAAACUUGUAUAAAGUGGCAGCAGAAACUGCCGAGAAACCAGUCCUUCUUGCGGAGACAAACCUGCGUCCAAGGACGUCGACAGGGAGCGAAGAUCGAGACCGAAAACCAUGGCACAACAGCAGAUCGCCCAGCCCGGAGCGGUCCUCCCGAACACCGCCAGCGCCGGGGCCACCCCCUCGAUCGUUCCGGACAUCCUCGGCAGCGAAGGAGCGCCUCCCAGUCAGAACACCAACUUGAAGCCGCAUGAAGUACGUCUACCAUUGGGCGAUAAUGUGUUCCUUACCGUGGGGAUGUUCAGGAAUAAACCGAUAAUAAACGUGAGGCAGUUUUACCACCCAGACCCAGCUGACGUGAACAAGAUGAGACCCGGGAAGAAAGGUCUUGCAUUGACACCUAAGCAGUGGGCCAAGCUGAAAGCACUUCCGCUACUGGGGGCGAUCCUGGACGCUACGUGCCAUACCAUCCCUUACUACUUCGGGGGGAUUGAGCCGAAAAUGUAUGACCUGGGAUCUGAAAAGUACGUGACAGUUCAGAUCUUGCACGGACAGACAUCCAUCACCCUACACCAGCACUACAGACCAUACGGAGCACCAGACACCGACCCUGUAAUGAAGAGAGGCAUAGACUUAACAAUUCAGCAAUGGGAAGACCUUGAAAGCAAGAUGAAAGCGGUGGACAAGGUGUUGGAGGCUAUGGAGAACGGAAAGAUGCCAACGGACAAAGAUGUUAUCCAGUCAGCCAUUGUGUAUUGAAAAUGGAAAACGAAUAAAGCUUCCUGGUGGUUGGAAC